UUUCAAUCAAGCAUUUAUCACCAUGUUAAGGUCUCAAAAACUUCUCAAAGCCGUUAAAUUCCCCGCUCUUUUAGCGAGGUAUCAAAGCACUGCUGAACAAGCUGCUGCAAAAGGCAAGCCACUCCAAAUUAUGUCUUCGGCUUUUGUUCAGAAAACGAAGUACAUUAGGACAGCCUUCGGAGAUCUCUAUCCAGAUACAACAAGGGGCGAUAUUGAUAUGUCAUCUUGUGAUUAUCUAAACUAUGCUCUUCACCCAUAUCUCAAUAAAAUUGAUGGUGAAUCCAUUAUUAGACGAGGAAGAAUCAGCUUCAAUCGCUCCGGUUGCUAUGUUCGUCCUCCAGCAUCAUCUGUUUAUCGUUUGGAAGAUGCCAUCACUGAACAUACUGGUGGAUACCAGACUUGCUUUGUUAACUCUGGUACUGAGGCAAAUGUUGCUAUAUUCCAAGCUAUCCUAGAAAAUAGGCCAGAGUUACCAAUCUAUUUAGAUAAAUUCUCUCACGCCACAAUGGUUCUUGGAGCAAAUGCUGCUGGAAGAUCAGAUAUUCUCACUUUCAAGCACAAUAGAUUGGACCACCUUAGGAAAAUGAUCGACGAAAACGGACCUGGGCUGAUUGGAGUUGAUUCUGUCUACUCUGCGUACGGAACAGUAGCACCCUUAGAACAACUAACAGAAUUAACCAGAGACACUGGGUCUAUCUUGUUAGUUGAUGAAAGUCACACAUACGGUAUAUGCGGCGAACACGGAGAGGGUGUAGUUAAAGAAUUGGGAUUGGAAAAAGAUGUUCACGUUAGAACCAUGUCGACUGGUAAGGCCUUGGGUGCUGGUGGCGGUGCAAUUGUUUUAAACGAGGCUGUCGGAGAUCAUAUUGAAGAUAUCAGAAAAGGAACAAGAAUGUCUAUUUUCUCCUUGGCUCCUCAAGAUUGUAUUGCUGACCGAUUAUUGGAGACUUUGAGACUACUAAAAGAGGAAAAGUGGAAACGAACCGAUCUUUACGACAAGAUUAAAUAUUUCAGAGAAUCAUGUAUGGAAAUGGGCUACAACGGCUUAUUUGUAAAAGGUGAAACACCAAUUAUAACAUUCGUUAUUGGACCGGUAGAUAUGGCAACCGAAAUGUAUAAAGAUUUUGUUGAAAAACAAAUAUUUCCCUCUCCUCACGUCUAUCCAGCUUCACCAAGAAAUCGUACUGCUGUCAGGUUCACAGUCUGUCACGGUGUAACUUAUGAACAACUCAAUCACGUAUUGGAUACAUUGAGAAAUCUAAGAGAAAAAUACAAGCCAGAAACAUGGGUCGACGCUCAGGGGAUCGACUUAUUUUAA